CUUUAGACUUGUUGUUAAUUCAGUAGCUGGCAUGUUCCACAUCACAACCAAUCUGUGCCAAGAAGGAAGAAGACUGAGUGUAGCUGGAAGAAGGAGCAGCUUAAACUCCAUGCUGUGGUGUCCUCCAUGUGCAAGAAGUAGACUCAUCCCUGUACCGAAUUCGCCAUGGCCAAGGCCAUGAAGAUUGUAAGGAGAUCCCUCCAUGCCUUCUCCAGAAGCUACCAGGCCUUUGCUGCGGUGGCCGCGCUCCUUGUCUUCCCUGCCAGCGCCGCCACCCUCCUCGCGCAGUCGCUGCCCAGCCUCUCUUCCCCCAUCCUCCGAUCCAUCUCUUCCCGCCUCGCCUUCCUUUUCGAAGCUGCAGGCUUCCCUCCAUCCCAGUUCUUCUCCCUCCUCAACUCCAAGCUCUCGCAGUCCAUCUUCACCUUCGUCUCCACCCUCCCCUUCGCCCUCACGUUCUCGCUUCUGGCCAAAGCAUCCGUUCUCCGGACCACCUACGGCAUUCGUCGUCGCGGUGCAGCUUCCCUUCUCCGUCUCUACCCGUCCCUCGCGCUGACUCACCUCUUCAACUCCUUGCUCGUUCUCUCUGCCAACGCUGCUGUGUUGUCCAUCCUCUUCCUCGCCUUCAACGUGUUGGACGCCCUUCACCUGUCGUCGAGCGGCUCCGUCCUCGUCCUCUCCGCCUCCGGCGUCAUCCUCUACUCCUUCGUCCUCGCUAAUGCCGUGGCCACAUGCAACCUGUCGGUCGUCAUCUCUGCCGUCGACGGCCGUGGUGGGUAUCACUCGAUCCUCAAAACCCUUGUGCUUCUCAGAGGCAGAACGGCCACAGCCAUAAGCCUGACAUUGCCUGCAAGUCUGGGAAUGGCAGCCAUUGAAGCACUGUUUCAGUACAGGGUGGUGAGGCCAUAUCGUCUCACUGCCAGAUUCCAUCCUUCAGCCAUAUGGGAGGCUUUCUCUAUUGGUUACGUGCACUCCCUCCUCGUCGUCCUCGAUACAAUCAUGGCCUGCGUCUUCCUCAGAAGCUGCAGGUCUACUGUUUGGUCACGUUGGAGCAAUUAUGACCAUGAUGUAGAUGUGGCGUCAGAGGAAAAGAUUGCUUUGCGAGUUUGAGUUUGUGCAGAUCAUCAUGUCAUUUGUAAGACUUGCAUCAAAUGAGUACCACAUAAUAUAAAUGUA